UCGGUAGGAAUUACGUCAGUACGUAGCAGAAGAGAAGUGCAAGUGCAUACAGUCAUGGCUUUUGCUAAAUUCCAUUCUCGUAUAUUUACGAGACAGUUUGCAAGUGUAGCAGAAAAGUCUGGAAAAGAUCCUACAGCUUUGUGGAGGAAUUUAUACUUGUUCGUUGGGGUUCCUGCUACUUUGUUAGGUUUGUUAAAUUGUUAUCUAAGCGAGCAAGAGCAUGAGAGACCAGAAUUUAUUCCUUAUGAACAUUUAAGAAUAAGGCACAAGCGAUUUCCUUGGGGAGAUGGACAACGAACUUUAUUUCAUAAUCCGCAUACCAAUGCUUUACCAACAGGCUAUGAAGAUGAGUAAGCAAAUGUAAUAACGUUUACUAGUACUAUUAAAAUUUAGUUUCUUCAUCGAAACGUUAUAUCUAUCAUAGAAGGAAGAGUUUCAAUAAAUUUAUGAAUUUCUCUCUUAUUGA